AUGCAGCCGGGGCUACUCCCCCAAAUUCUUACUAUGGAUGACAUGUUUUGCCUCGUGUGGCUUCUAAGGGCAUUUUACACGCUCGAGCAGAAUAUCAUACGGGAUGCGCUCGACAACGAGCAACUGCCUGUGUACUCGCGCGAGUCGGAAAUAAUAAAUGUUACUUUGGAGAGCCCAAGCGACAGGAAAGGCAGGGUUUGGAUGGCGUUUCUGCACCGUGCACAGCAUCGACUUCUGUGUUAUGUAACUCAAGUGCUUACGCAGAUCCCCGCCGCGCCUUACAAUUUUAAUAUGCACGAUCUCAACUUUAUAUCGGGGAAGGAUACAGACAGAAGAAGACCGCGUAUUGAGCAAGUACCUGCCGAGUAUCUUCCACCCUUGGAUGUAGCGUUGCUUUGGUUUGUGUACCUCGUAAGCCCCUCGCGGUUCCACGAGGACACGCACAGAGUGCCAAUGCUUGCGCCACUAGCCUUGUUUGAAUUUCCAAAAAAGGCAUUAUCUGACGCGCUAAAUAGAUCGGCAUGGACGCUGUCCGCCCCAAGAGCGGAAAAGACAUGGGGCCAACUGACGUCGCUCCCAUUUGACCCGGUUCAAAAGCAAGGCCCGUAUACGUCAGAUGGGCUUGAAGCCGCUGAAAUUCACUGUCCAGGCUGUGGAAAGUCCAAUUUUCUUGCAUGGGAAUCGUUUGCGUUGCCUGCAUGGCACAUCCGAUGUGCCCAAUGUGAAUUGGAUUACAAUGCACGCAGUCUACUGGCGAAACUGUGGUCAGACGACGUUCUGGAAUGGUGUCAAGGUGGCACAAAUGUGCAUGGAUUCCGACUACGUGGCGGUCUUGUUUCCAGUUUAAACUCACGAUAUUUUGAAACUGAUCCGUAUGCGCCGAUUCUUGCGCGUAUUUUUACAAAUAACCGCACGGUGGAAACACCGUUCGUUUCCUUGAAAGGCCGAUUGUUGGAUAACAAGAACGAGGAUGUGUACGGCGUGAUUGUAAAAGGCACAAUGACUGUGAAGGCAUUUAUUCAGAAGCAUGGCUACGAUAUUGAUGCGCUAGCCGUUGCAGUAGAGGCGCAUCUUGAGUCCAAGCUCGAAAGCAAAGAUAUGCGGAAGGACCUGAAGCGCCGCGUCAAUAUGAUGAUGCGGUAUUACGUUGAUGCGCAUUCACUUAGUCCCGCUAGCAUGAACAUUGUGGACUCCGUCCAACGCGAAUUCGGCUUUGUGCAUGCGUGGAAUGAGCUGGGAUGGUUAAAUAACGUUACGAUGGAACAAUUGCGCAAAACCAGUUCUCGCUACAAAAUAUGGAUCUCGGUCUGCGGGUUUUUACUGCAGCUACAAAUGCCUACUAUCGAGAUCUCCACGGCGUGGUAUGUACAUAUGCUGAGCCUGGUGUAUUACUGGGAUUGUUACCGAUUUUUUGACUACCUGAUUGAUAAUCCGGACAGGAUUCCGGAUGAACGCGCAGAAAAGACAUGGAAGCUUACUGUGGCCAUGUGGAGUAACAUGGUGGGGAACAAGUAUGUGGAACCACCUGUGACGAAAUCAGGCAACGUGUUCAAAAAGAUGGUUUCAAAAUUGCAGCUCAAUGAUGGGCAGGGCGAGGGUCUUUAUCGUAUGAAUUGUUCACGGACCGUGCAUUUAUUUCCCGGUGCCGAGCUCACCGGCACGGCAGCAGCGCCAGAGUGCUCGCCCUUCUAUAUUCCUGCUUCGUGUCCCAUCCCAGGGAAAGGACUUCCUGGCGGCGCCGUAGAAGGCCCUGGUGCUGGAAUACCAGGCACAAAUUCAAUGCGCGACGCCGCCAUUUUUAAUGGACAGACACGAAGAGACUACUCGAUUGCAGAAAUGAAAAGCAGUCCCGUUUUUCCAUUUUACAUGCCCUGA